CCGGGAAUAAGCAGAAUUUUGAAUUGUCUACCACAUUACAGCGCACACAGCCACACACAAACACAGAGCUGGAAUGAUCCUUCUGUGUUUCCUUCCUCGCGCUCCGUAUCGAUCGAUGAAGACGAUGAUGCUGAGUUGAAAGUUCCAUUAUCUUGGUAUAUCACUAGUUUCCCAUCAGAACAAGGCUUUCCUCUUCUCCGUUCUCGUGGUAUCAUGGAUCAACAAGAUGGAGGAGGACGAGGCGGAGAAGGAAAAUAUGAAGAAAUGCCCUUCAAUCAGCAAGAAUAUUUUUGCAACUUCAGCAAUAAGCGUGCUUUUGGUAAUUAUGUUUUGUUUGAUCUCAAUGAGCAGAAACAGAACAACAACGCUGAACCACCAAACAAGAAACGAUCUAGACACCAAGAAACAAGUAUUAGUGAUAAAAUCAGCACUCAAGAUCUCAUUAGCUACCUACCCGAUGAAUGCAUCUGGGAGAUAUUCAGAUAUCUUCCUUCCACGAGAGACCGUUGUUGUUGCGCUGCUGUGUCCAAGAAAUGGCUAGCUAUACAAGCCAAAAUGCGGAUCUCUGAGUUCAAAUCUAAGCCAAAAUCCAGCAAUAUUAUCACUAGUGCUUUAGGUUUAGACCACCACAAAGGAAGCCAAAAAUUUUCGAGAUGCUUAGAAGGAAAGAAAGCAAAUGAUACACGGUUAGCUGCAAUGGCUGUAGGCAUCUGUCUUCAUGGGGGACUAAGUGAGCUCUGUGUCAGAGGAAGCUUCCCUACUCAAGGGAUCACGGAUGUCGGCCUUAGUGUCAUUUCCCAGGCUUGCCCAGGCCUGAGGUCUAUAUCCCUGUGGGAUUGCAUCAAGGUUGGAAACAAGGGAAUUGUGUCUGUGGCAACAAGUUGCAGCUCACUCGAGAAGCUUGAUCUAGUUAAUUUGCCAUUGGUCGAUGAUAAAGCUCUUGCAUCCAUAGCUAAGAACUGUCCUAGUCUGUCUUCUUUGGUCAUAGAAUUAUGCCCACUGGUCGGAGACACGUCGCUCGAGGCUUUCGCAAGAUAUUCUUCAAAAAUUGAAUUUGUCUCUCUAGCGAAAUGUCAACUUAUCAACGCCAGUGCCGUUAUUUUGAUUAUUUCCAGCUUGCCCAAGUUGACAAAACUUAAACUUUCUUCGGUGAGUAUUAGCGAUGGUGUCCUGCAAGUGAUAGGAACGCAAGGAAAAUCUCUUAGUUGCAUUUUAGUUGACAACAUUUCAGGCAUCACUGAGGUGGGAUUUUGCUCAAUUGGAGAAUACAAAAAUUUGAACUUCUUACCCUUGAAAUCCUGCUCCGAUUUAAAUGGUUCAAGUUUGAAUGCAAUCAGUGAUGGAUUUGUUGGAUUGAAGAAGAUAUCAAUGCGGAAGUGCAAGAGUUUAACAGAUGAUGGCUUGAAAUGGUUAACCAAAACAACUCCACUGCUCGAGAGCCUCGAACUGGAGGAAUGUCAUUCUGUUACAUGGCAUGGUUUAAUAGAAGUCUUCAGGAACCGGAGUGAGACACUGAAGGCGUUAUCAUUGAUAAAAUGUCGAGGAAUAGCAGACGUCGACCCUUCAAAUUGCAAAGCAAUUUCUCUACCGAAAUAUCCUUGUUUACAUUCUCUAGUACUGAAGAAAUGUGACGGAGUUGGAGAUACAUUCUUGGCAUGGAUGGGACGAGCGUGCUUGCAGGUUAAGCACCUCACACUUACAGGACUGAAGUCAAUCACAGACCAAGGCGUUGAAAACCUUAUUCGAGCACUUGAGACGGAGCAAAACCGACGGAUUAGUGUCGAUUUAAGUGGGUGUUCUCGUAUCACAGAUUGGAGUGUUUUUGUUAUAACAAGCUUAAUUGGUGACAAGCUUCGAUCAUUGAUGUUAGACUGGUGUGAAAAAUUGACCGACCUAAGCUUGAAGAUGAUAGCUGAGCGUUGCGCUUGCUUGUUGGACCUAGGCCUCUCUGGGUGUCGCAUCAGUGACGAUGGUGUGUAUUGCUUGGUUGCUUCAAAGCUGCAGUGUUUAGAGGUGGUCUCCUUUGCAGGUUGUGUGGGUAUCAGUGAUCAGAGCUUGCAUUACCUCCGGAUGCUGCGUUGUUAUUUGGUGGGGUUGAAUCUUAUGCACUGCCCAAAGCUCACUAAAGAGGGAAUUGACAGAAUGAGAGAGAAUUUAUGGUGGUGUGAUUUGUUGCAUUAGGCUUUUUCUUCAUGGAAACAUGUACAGUUUUGGUCAAAUUCAGUGGCACCCCGCGUCCUCUGUACAUGAACAUGCCAUGCACCUAUUACAUGAUGAUCGAUGGGGCCGAUCGAUCAGUAUUUGA